AUGGCGGCCGCCUUGGUGGACAGAGGGAGCUGGUUUCUAGCGUUAACUCUGGGGGUUUCUCUGCUCAAAACUCUAUUUAUCAACGCCUAUCACUCCACUGACUUUGAGGUACACAGGAACUGGUUGGCCAUCACGCACAGUCUGCCAGUGUCAAGGUGGUAUCAUGAGAACACAUCAGAGUGGACACUGGACUACCCGCCACUAUUUGCCUGGUUUGAGUAUGGCCUUUCGCAUUUUGCUCGGCACUUUGACGACAAGAUGUUGGUUGUGGAGAACCUUAACUACUCCAGCCCAGCCACCAACCUCUUCCAGAGACUUUCCGUCAUUUUCACAGACGUCGUUUUUAUCUACGCUGCCAGAGAGUGCUGCAGAUGCGUUAAGAAUCAGAAGGGCACUCGUGACAUUCUAAAUAGUCCGUCUUUUGUCCUGGCUGUGCUGCUGCUGUGGAACUUUGGACUUCUCAUUGUGGAUCACAUUCAUUUUCAGUACAAUGGCUUCCUGUUUGGUUUCUUGCUGCUGUCCAUUGCCAAACACCUGCAGUCUCGUCAUCUUCAGGGGGCGUUGCUCUUCGCCAUCCUGCUUAACCUGAAGCACAUCUACCUGUACGUUGCGCCCGCGUACGGGGUCUUCCUGCUUAGGAGCUACUGCUUUACGCAGGACAACAGCGACGGCUCUAUAAAGUGGAGGAGCUUCAGCCCGCUGCGUCUCCUUGCCCUAGGCUGCAUCGUGGUGGCCGUCUGUGCCAUUUCCUUCGGACCCUUCGUUGCUAUGGGUCAAGUAUCUCAGGUGCUGUCUCGCCUCUUCCCUUUUAAGCGAGGCCUCUGUCAUGCCUACUGGGCGCCAAAUGCGUGGGCGCUCUACAACGUCCUGGAUAAAAGCCUGACCACGCUGUUUGUUCGUUUGAAGCUCGUGAAUGAGACAAUGCUACCUCGAGCCUCCAUGACGGGCGGUUUGGUUCAGGAGUUCAGCCACUCUGUCCUCCCGUCUGUGACCCCGUUUGCCACUCUGCUCUGCACUCUGCUGUCCAUGCUGCCGGCCUUGGCAUCCAUCUGGCAGCGUCCUCGUGGUGCUCGCGGCUUCCUGCGUUGCCUGCUGCUGUGCGCGCUGGCCUCCUUCAUGUUUGGUUGGCAUGUCCACGAAAAAGCUGUACUCAUUGCUGUCUUGCCUCUCAGUCUGCUGGCAGUGGAGAGCAGAGAGGACGCGGGGAUCUUCUUGCUUCUGAGCACAACAGCUCAUUACUCGCUUUUUCCACUACUCUUCACCCCAGCAGAGCUGCUCAUCAAAUUUGCCCUAAUGCUGAUAUUCACCAUUUUCUCGUUUGCUGCUCUGGGGAGACUCCACAGCGCACUGGGGUGUUUGCUUCAGCCCCUGGAGGUGGUCUACCUGUCGGGCUUGGCCGCAGUAGCCGUCGCCUGUGAGCUGGUCUUCCCUUUUUCACCAUGGCAACAGAAGAUGCCUUUUCUCCCGUUGCUGGCGACGUCUGCAUACACCUCCUUGGGCAUCUGCUACUCCUUUUUGCGACUAUACGGCACGCUUCUGAGGCAUGACGGCAGAAAGCCCAAACAGCCGUGA